AUGACAUUGCGUAGGUUCGUUUCACGACGCGGCCGGCCAGCGGAGGUAUUUUGCGAUAAUGGUCGAAAUUUCACGGCAGCAUCAAAGGAAAUCGCCUCCUUUCUAAGCAAUCAUACUGGCACUAUCUCUGAUUUUGCAACUCAAGAAGGUUUCAAAUUUGUUUUCAUACCAUCUUACGCUCCUCACUUCGGCGGUAUUUGGGAAGCAGGUGUAAAAUCAGCCAAAUUUCACAUUAAGCGCGUUAUGGGCAAUUCUCAUUUAACUUUCGAAGAGCUUUCAACGUUAUUUGCGCAAGUUGAGGCUAUACUUAACAGUCGUCCCCUUUGUCCAUUAUCCUCGUCCCCGAACGAUUACCUUUGCCUUUCCCCAGGGCACUUUCUCAUAGGAAGACAGCUAACUGCUUUACCAUCUCCAAAUCUUCUCAAUGCAAAGGAAAAUGCUCUACAAAGACACGCAAGAUUAGAACAAAUUCGACAGCAUUUUUGGCAGAAAUGGCAAAACGAAUAUAUAUCGGAAUUGCAGCUAAGAACAAAGUGGAAAACGACUAAAGACAAACUAAAGGUUGGAGACCUAGUUAUUAUCAAAGAAGAUUCGCUUCCACCUUUAUGCUGGCGUCUGGGACGUGUAGCAAGACUUUUUCCGGGUUCAGAUGGCAUUUCGAGAGUAGCAGACAUCAGUACAACAAGAGGAUGCAUUCGCCGACCUUUCGUGCGCCUAUGUCCCCUUCCAAACCAAGAAGACCUUCAAGAUUGA